AGUGAAAUCUGAUUGGCUGCUGCAGGCUCGUUUUGAAAAGGUCUCGUGAUUUGAGGCGGAGGGAAAAUUUAAACCUGUGGCAGCAACAGAACCGGUAGAAAAGCACAACAAGCAGCAGGUCACAAUGAACAGACAAGCGAAGGGUAAAACCCCCCGCAGGCCUCCAAGAAACCCUCCCAGCAGCCAGAAAGACCCAGUUGGUGUGUACUGUCGUGUACGUCCUCUGGGUGUGGGGGAUGAGGAGUGCUGCAUUGAGGUGAUCAGCAACACCACCAUCCAACUGCAUGCCCCUGAAGGCUUCAAAACAAACCGCAAUGGAGAGUACAAAGAGACUCAGUAUUCCUUCAAAAAAGUCUUUGGGGUUUCAGUAUCUCAGAUGGAGUUGUUUGAGCAUGUGGCCAAACCUCUUGUUGAUGACCUCAUCCAUGGAAAAAAUGGACUGCUCUUCACAUAUGGCGUGACAGGAAGCGGAAAGACGUUUACCAUGACUGGCUCUCCAGGCCAGGGUGGACUUCUACCUCGCUCACUCGACAUGAUCUUCAACACUAUAGGCCCGUACCAGACCAAAAGAUAUGUUUUUAAGACAGAUGAUAAAAAUGGUAUGGAGAUCCAGAAUGAAGUUGAUGCUUUGUUGGAGCGCCAAAGACGAGAAAACAAUUUGCCUGCUCCUAAAACAACUUCCUCCAGACAAAAACUUGAUCCUGAAAUUGCUGACAUGAUUAAGCCGGAGGAGGCUUAUAAAACAGAUGGUGUGGACGAGGACAGCAGCUACAGUGUCUUCGUCUCCUACAUAGAAAUCUACAACAACUACAUCUACGAUCUCCUGGAGGAAACUCAGGAAGAUGUAAUCAAGCCAAAACCUCCUCAGUCUAAAAUCCUCAGAGAGGAUCAGAAUCACAACAUGUACGUGGCUGGUUGUAUGGAAGUCGAAGUCAAGUCUGCUGAGGAGACGUUUCAAGUGUUCUGGAGAGGUCAGAAGAAGAGAAAGGUUGCUAACACCCGGCUAAACAGAGAGUCCAGCCGCUCCCACAGUGUGUUCAUUAUUAAACUGGCUCAGGCUCCUCUCGAUGCAGAUGGUGACAACAUCCUCCAGGAUAAGAACCAGGUGACUGUCAGUCAGCUGUGCCUGGUGGACUUGGCAGGAAGUGAGCGCACUGGUAGGACCGGGGCAGAAGGCACUCGUAUACGUGAAGCAGGUAACAUUAAUCAGUCUCUGCUGAAUCUGCGGACCUGCAUUGAAAUACUUCGGGAGAACCAGAUGUGUGGCACAAACAGGAUGGUCCCUUACAGAGACUCUAAAGUAACCCAUCUGUUCAAGAACUACUUUGAUGGAGAGGGAAAAGUCAGAAUGGUUGUUAAUGUUAAUCCCAAGGCUGACGACUAUGAAGAAACCCUGCUGGUGAUGCGGUUUGCAGAGAUGACGCAGGAGGUGGAGGUAGCUCGGCCAGCAGACAGGCCCAUCUGUGGCUUCACUCCUGGCCGUCGUCACAGAAACCAGGCCUUCAAAGAUGAACUCUCUCGCAAACUGGAAGAGCGCGGUGGCCCGAUAGACAGAGACUUGCCCUCUGUUAUAAACCACCUGGUGUUCAGCCUCCCGCCUCUGCCCUCCUCUGAGGUGACCGACCCUCAUGAUGACAUCACCCUGCCCAGGCUGAUUGAAGCUCUACAGAACAGACACAGGAUCAGACAGAUGAUGAUUGAGGAGUACAACAAAGCAGCCUUUAUGAUGAAGUCUACGCUUCAGAACAUGGACAGCAACCUAAUUUCCAAAGACAACUUUAUUCAUGAACAAAAUGGCAGACUGGUUGAGAAAGACAAAGUUAUCCAAUCCAACAAGGCAGAGAUCGAACGCUUGGAGAAGAAAAACAAGAUGCUAGAACUCAAGAUUGACAUCCUACAGAAAACAACAAAGACCUAUGAGGGCGACAAGCGUUCACUGCAGCAGGAGCUGGAAACCAGAGAGCAGAGGCUGCAGAGGGAGCUUUCUGAGAAGCGACGCAUGGAGCAGCGCCUUCAUGGUGUUGUCUCAGACACACAGCAUAAAUGGGAGAAAGAAUGUGAGAGACGCGUCAAUGCAAAGCAGCUGGAGAUGCAGAACAAGCUCUGGGUGAAAGACGAGAAGCUUAAGCAGCUCAAGGCCAUCGUGACAGAGGGAAAGACUCCAGGUCGUCCUGAUCCUCCGCCACGUCAGACGCAGCCUCAUCCUCAGCGCCCUUCCAGAGAUGAGCGUCUUCCUGCAAAGAGAUCGGCCUCACCUUCACCAAUCCCUUCUCCCCAGUUCCCUGUUGAUUCUCCUCAUGUCAGCCCACUGCCAGGGUCUCAACCUUUCACUGCCACUAGAUUUGAAGAGUCAGAGAUGGACCCAAGACCCCUCCCCAGAAACAGUAGCCCUUUGUCGAUGACUAGCUGCUUCUCCACUCAGGACGACAGUCAGGGUUACCCUUCACCUAGUAUGCCCACAAGUACACAGUUUUCAGAAGCCCCUUCAGUGCGCCGGGCCAAGAGGAGAGCUCUGUGCUGGUCUAGAGAGGUGGAAGAGGUCCACUCCCCACCCCCUACGCUCAAUCUAGACCUAAUUGAGAGAAGCUACAGGACAACGACACCAGUACGCCCGUUGCACCGUCGCUCCCGCUCUGCUGGUGGGGAGAAGUGGGUAGAUCAUAAACCUGCAUCCAGCCUGGACCUGGGUACAGUUUUGCAGCCCGUCAUCCCCAAUGCAAUUCAGGUGUCUACACCCAGUGAGAAGGCCCUGUCGAAGUGCGACAGAUACGUGUUAACCCACCAGGAGGUAGCCUCUGAUGGAGAGAUAAAGACCAAACUGAUAAAGGGUGAGGUGCUUAAAACCAGGGGAGGAGGACAAUCUGUCCAGUUCACUGACAUCGAGACUCUGAAACAGGAGCUCACCACAGUCCCUGGCCGCAAGAGGAAAUCUUCAGAAGGUACUCCAGCCAACAGCAAUCGAACAGAUGGAGCUUGGACUGAUGUGGAGACAAGGUGCGCCGUGGCGAUGGAGAUGAGGGCUGGAUCAAACAUGGGUCCAGGUUUGGAGCAUCUGGGAGUCACCAAGCGCAGAAAACCCUGAACGCAGCCGACAGAUGCUCAAAUGAUCACUCCCCCCUCUAUAUCCUCACCUGGCUGUUGUGCAAUAGUCUCUUACUUUUUAUAUUUAGCUCUAGUGAUAUUUAAACAUUUUCCAUUCCUUUUAUAUAUGCAGAAGUGUAUAAACAUGGGUCACCAAAGCUUUUUCUGUAAAAUAUUUUAUAUGUUGUAUUUGAACCAAUAGAAAACAAGUGUUACUUGAUUUGAUCAAGGACAGUGGCAGAUAUUUAGUCACUGGCUGAUGAGUCUCUGCACAUUUGUGACUUGGCACAUAAAUUGUGAUUGUGAAGCUGCCACAACUCUGUUCUUUGCUACAUGUGGUUUCUGUCUCUUGAUCGAAGAAUUACAUUGAUCUUCAAGUUUAAAAAAUCCAAUGCUUUGUGAUUUUUGUUUCCUAAUAUAUAUAUAUAAUUGUCAUCACUACAUUCAGGAAUAAAAUUCCUUCCAAGCA